AUGGACGCGCCGGGCUGCCCGGCCUUCCCCCCGCCUCGCCGGCCCGGGGCUCCCCCGGGGCUCCCCCGGCCUCCCUCCGCCUUCGCGCUCGGCGCUCCGGGGCCCCACCGGCGGCCGCCGCCGCUCAGCCCCCGGCCCGGCCGCUGCCCGCGGUACCCGGGGGUGCCCAGCCCGGGUGCCCCCGCCGUGGCCGUGCGUGGGAAGCCGCUGUACCCGCCCGGGGCUGCAGGUGAGAAGGGCUGCAAAGGUGGGUUCCAGGCCAUUCCCACAGCCUGCAGGGUCCCCCCAAAAGCCCCGGAGGACUCGGGGUGCCCGCUGGCAGCACCCCUGGGCAGCCUCCGGGAUUAUGGCAUCCCUGAGCUCGCCGAGCCCCUGGGCAAGAGCAAGAGCAAGAAGAGGAGGAACAGGACGACGUUCAGCACGUUCCAGCUGGAGGAGCUGGAGAAGGUUUUCCAGAAGACACAUUAUCCUGAUGUGUACACCCGGGAGCAGCUGGCACUGCGCACGGACCUGACCGAGGCCAGGGUGCAGGUUUGGUUCCAGAACCGCCGGGCCAAGUGGCGGAAACGGGAACGCUACGGGAAAAUCCAGGAGCUGCAGAACAACCUGUGGCCGAGCCCUGCGAGCCCCCCGGGGCUGCUGCCCCCCGAGCCCAUCCCGCCGCCCUGCAUGUCCCCGUACCCCCCCGCUGCCAGCAAUGGCUUCGUGGGCAUCCCCGCAUCCCCGGGCAUCAACAGCCUGUACCCCCUGCCCGGGCUGCCCCCGCCGGGGCUCCCCCACCCCUUGGAGCCCGCCCAGCACGAGUACAAAGCGCCGCCGCUGGUGCCGCUGAGGAUGAAGAGCAAAGAGGGCGCCGGGAGCCUCCUGAGCUGGGCCACAUGAUGCCCAAGGGCACGGACGCGGAGCCUUCAUCCCCCCGGAGUGAAUCCCCCACCCCAGGGAGGGGGGGCAGGCUGGUGGGGUCACCUUCACCCCCUCUCUGCACCCCCCGAGCUUCCCCUGCAGCCACCCCAAUGAGAGGGGCCGGGGGGAGGAAGAAGAGGGGCCCCCAAAGCCGGGGGCAGCUCGGAAACGGCUCCCCCAAUUUCCUGAGCCCUCCCAGCAUUUUCAGGGCUGUGCUUGAAGGAAAUUCCCGGUGCUUUCCCCACCCCACCACCGUGUGUGCCCCCUGGCAGCCCUGGGUGGGGCUGUGGAGAACCAGGGCAGCACUUUUGGGGUAAAUUCUCCCCUCCCCAGCUGAAAUUUGGUCACUCACUCCCUGCCCAGCACAACCAGCAAUGGCAGAAAUUGGGCUCUUCCUCUCCCAGUCCAUACUGGGAAGAUCUGGGUCAGGCUGUGGGGUCUCCUUCACCCCCUCUAAGUAUCCCCUGCAUCCAGCACUGCCCUCACCCCAAUGAGAGGGGCCAGGGGGAGGAAAAAGAGGGGCCCCCAAACCCAAGGGCAGCUCGGAAAUGGCUCCCCCAGUUUCCUGAGCCCUCCCAGCACCUUCAGGGAUUGGGUUUGAUGGAGCUCUCCUCACCCCUCGUGUGUGCCCCUGGGUGGGGCUGUGGAGCACCAGGGCAGCAGUUUUGGGGUAAAUUCUCCCUUCCCCAGCUGAAAUUUGGCCGCUCACCCCCUGCCCAGCACAACCAGCAAUGGCAGAAAUUGGGCUCUUCCCCUCCCAGUCCCAUACUGGGAAGACUGGGCUGGGACAGCUGCUGGUACUGGGUGUUACUGGGAGCAGGGCCAAAGACCCCCCAGAGCAUCACAGCUCCCCUCUUGGAGGGGAAAUAAGGCUCUGGCACAAUAAAAUCCCAAAUUAAGGCUGUUUCUUGGGGAGGGUCACCCUGUUCCCCCUAGGAAGGAGUUUUAAUCCCAGCAGUGGGAAUAGAUUCCCAGUGGGAACCCAGUAAUUCCCAGUGGAACCCAGUAAUUCCCUUUGGGAACCCUCCCAGCAGCUCCAGCUGGGCUGUUGGGGCACAAAUGAGCAAUUUUUGGGUGAGGGGUUUCUGCAUUUUGAAGGCUUCUGAAUGUUACUGGUGGUACCUUAAAAGCCAGUAGUGAGGGGGCACCUCAUCUGUUCUGGGGGUCUCCAGGGGGGCUCCUCGAGUCCCCCCAAAGCCAGCAUGUCCUGUCACCCACUGUGACCUC